GGUCGAUUUUAGAUAGGUGACACUGAAAGUUUCGUUCUCAUUUCCGCAAUUGUUCAAAACACCUGAUAACAGGGAACGCUGUAACGGCCAAACGUCUAUUGGAAUAUUCACCCAACAAUUAAUUUUCAAUUGAGAUUGUGUUGAAACUGCGGAACGAGAGUCACACGUACGCGCCAACUAAGAAGUGAACCAGAGCCAGUACCUGGGUGGUGCAGAAGAUCCUGUUGGAAGCCAACCAGGAGCCGACAUGUGGGAGAUACGCUUUGUCAAUGAAGUGCAUCAUGAUAAACCGCAAGUUCAGCAGGUGCCACAGCUAAAGGCCAUCCUGCGUCGUUGCCCGAAAUCCUGGCACGGAUGUGCAGUAAAUUCUGGAAGUGGUCACAGCCCUUUAGAGUUUCAAGGCGGGAAUCAAACCGACGGCCCUUCAAUGCCCAACGAGAAUGAGGAAGCAGCGACUCCGGAAGCACAAGUUGUGGAGGACAUCGAUUUCACCGAGAUUGAGGCUCUUGCCUUCGGUGAACUGGAAACCAAGAACGGGCAACCAUUGGAAUCGACACAGAUUGAUACAAACUCGUCAAACAACAAAGAAAUGGAAGAAGAAAAAAGCCGAUCGAUCUGCGAACUGCGCAAGGCUGGCAGCACGAAUUUGCAAAUCGCGGAACGUCUGGGCAUCAGUUUUCACACAGUAAAUUAUACCGUCCGGAAAAAUGAAGUAUUCUUUCGACCCCAAUUAACCGAGGAGAAAAACGAAGAGAUUAUAAAGCGAGCGCAAGAUGGAAAAUGCAGCGAAGCGCAAACUGCACGGCAGUUUAAGGUUGCUGCUGCAGAAUGGGAAAAAGUUAAGGGACCGCCCUAG